AUGGCUGACGGAGCUACGGAAGUGACUCUCAGCCGCAAGGCUCAGGGUCCCCGAGCCUUCCGUAAAGCCUCAGGUACUAAACAGACAAGGCCUCCAAAACAAGAUGCUUCCAAAAGGAGAGCAAAACUAGAAGCAGCAGUGAGAAAGAAGAUUGAAUUUGAGAGAAAAGCCCUGCGAAUUGUUGAACAGCUUUUAGAAGAGAAUAUUACGGAAGAAUUCCUACUGGACUGUGGGAAGUUCAUCACAUCAGCUCACUACAACGAUGUCGUGGAUGAACGUUCUAUUAGCAAACUCUGUGGUUAUCCCUUGUGUCAGAAGAAGCUAGGAAUUGUUCCAAAACAGAAAUACAAGAUUUCUACCAAAACCAAUAAAGUCUAUGAUAUUACUGAGAGAAAGUCUUUUUGCAGCAGUUUUUGUUAUAGAGCAUCUAAAUAUUUCCAAGCACAGAUCCCCAAAACUCCACUAUGGAUUCGAGAAAAAGAAAGUUACCCUGAUUUCCAGCUGCUAAAAGAAGGACAAAGUGGCCAUUCUGGAGAAGAAGUACAGUUAUGCAGUCAGGCCAUUAAAAUGUCUGAUAUCGACAAUCCUGGUUAUUCUGAAAAGCAGUAUGAAUCUAGUUCUUCCAGUACUUAUACUGAUAGUAGCAGUGAUGAUGAGCAAGACUUUGUUUCCUCCAUUAUUCCAGGAAACAAACCAAACGUAACAAGUUUAAGGCCACCACUGCACGAAAAAAGCAUAAUGAAAAAGAAAGCUGAUCAUAAAGUUAACUCCAAACACAAAAACGAAGAACAAACAAUAGUAGAUGUCAUUGAGCAGUUAGACAAUUGCAGAUUAGAUAGUCAGAAUAAAGUUGCUGUUCAUGUACCUCCUUCACAUGAGAAUGUCAACACUCAGAUUUCUUCAAAUGGUCCUUUGCAAGAAAAUGUACAAGCUUCAGAAAAUUCUGUAAACAAAUACAGUAGCUCAGAAAUAACACUAGUAGGCAUAAGUAAGAAAAGUACAGAACAUUUUAAGAGGAAAUUUGCCAAAUCAAACCAAACUAGGUCAGCCUCUAGUUCAGUGCAAAUGUGUCUUGAAGUUGCAAAGGCUAACUUACUUACAGUCCUAAAGGAGACUUUGAAUGAAUGGAAGACAGAAGAAACUUUGAAGUUUCUGUAUGGUCAGAAUUAUGCUACUGUGUGCCCGAAAGCUGCUCCAGCUCCUUUGAUUGAAGCAAAAGAACUUGAUGAAGAUGACUUUAAAUCAGACCUAGUCAGUCAUUCUUUUGCCUUAAGGGACUUUCAGACCAGCUUGGAUGAGUCGUUGCCUUUCAAAGGUUCAGAUACAGCCAUUAAACCAUUACCUAGUUAUGAGAACUUGAAAAAAGAAACAGAAACAUUAAAUCUAAGGGUCAGGGAGUUCUAUAGAGGACAACGUAUUUUGAAUGAAGAACCUACCAAAUCACAAGACUCAAAAAAGCUUGAUCCCACCAUUCCACUGAUAGAUUCAAGUUCUCAGAACCAGAUUAGAAAACGCAUUGUGCUUGAAAAGUUGAGUAAAGUAUUGCCUGGACUUGUGGGACCUCUUCAGAUUACACUGGGAGACAUUUAUACACAAUUAAAAAAUCUUAUUCAAACUUUCAGGUUAACAAGUAGAAAUAUUAUACACAAACCUGCAGAAUGGACUUUAAUUGCUAUGGUGUUGCUGUCAUUACUGGCUCCAAUUCUUGGAAUUCAGGCGCAUUCUCAGGAAAAUGUGGUGUUUACACAGUUUAUUUCGACCCUGCUUGAAGAGCUACAUUUAAAGAAUGAAGACCUUGAGAGUUUAACCAUAAUAUUUAAAACCAGCUGCUAA